AUGAGACUGUCAGCUGCCAUUGUCGUCAUUUUAGCAGGCCAAGUUUCUGCUGUCGAUCACCGUGGAUCAGUGAUUGAUUAUAACUCAGCGCCCCCAAAUCUUUCUACCCUGCGAAAUGCCUCGUUGUUUGAAACAUGGAGACCCAGGGCACAUGUUCUUCCUCCAUCUGGAAGAACAGGUGACCCAUGCGCGCAUUACACUGAUUCCAAAACUGGUCUGUUCCAUGUCGGCUGGCUUCACGAGGGCAUUUCAAGCGCCACUACCGAUGAUCUCGCUACAUACCUCGACGUCAAUUCGAAUGGAAGCCCAUCCAUCAUCGCAGGGGGAAAGAACGACCCUCUUGCUGUCUUUGAUGGCUCGGUCAUUCCCAACGGCAUCGAUGGCAUGCCAACUCUUCUUUAUACCUCUGUUUCAUAUAUGCCCAUUCAUUGGUCUAUUCCCUACACUCGGGGAAGCGAAACCCAGUCGUUGGCCGUUUCCCGUGACGGUGGAAGCAACUUCACCAAGCUCAGUCAAGGGCCCGUGAUCCCCUCACCUCCAUUCGCGGUCAAUGUCACUGCUUUCCGAGAUCCCUAUGUAUUCCAGAGCCCAGCUCUAGAUGCAGCUGUCAAUAGUACGCAAGGGACCUGGUAUACCGCCAUAUCUGGUGGUGUUCACAAUGUCGGACCUUGCCAGUUCCUCUACCGUCAGUACGACUCAGAUUUUGAAUAUUGGGAAUACCUUGGCCAAUGGUGGAACGAACCCGCCAAUACAACUUGGGGAAAUGGCGAUUGGGCCGGGAGAUGGGGCUUCAACUUUGAGGUUGGCAAUGUCUUCAGUCUGAGCGCGGACGGGUACAGCGAGAAAGGCGAGAUGUUUAUGACCCUCGGUACUGAGGGCUCAGGCGUCCCUAUCGUUCCUCAAGUCAGUUCAAUCCAUGAAAUGUUGUGGGUGGCUGGCAAUGUUACAAAUGACGGCUCGGUCACCUUCAUCCCAACCAUGGCAGGUGUACUAGACUGGGGUAUGUCGGCAUAUGCGGCUGCAGGAAAGAUUUUGCCAGCGAGCUCUCAAGCCUCCAUCAAGAGUAGUGCUCCCGACCGUUUCAUUUCUUAUCUCUGGCUCACCGGAGAUCUGUAUGAACUGGCCACGGGCUUCCCUACUGCCCAGCAAAAUUGGACGGGGACCCUUCUAUUCCCACGAGAGCUGAGCGUUCGUACUAUUCACAAUGUGAUAGACAACGAGCUCGCACGAGAGGCCUUGUCAUCGUGGCGCGUGUCCAGAAACGGAUCUGAUCAAGUCGACCUCGAGACAAUGGGCAUCUCUAUCGCGAGAGAGACUUACAGCGCUUUGACAUCUGGUUUGCCGUUUGUUGAAGCUAGCCAAACAUUGUCGAAGGCUGGAUCUGUGUCAUUCAAACGCCCACCGUCGAGUAAAUUCUUUGUAUUGACGGCUAGUAUUCUUUUUCCGCGCUCUGCCCGUGACUCUGGUAUUGCAUCUGGUUUCCAGAUCUUGUCGUCUGAUCUUGAAUCCACGACUGUCUAUUACCAAUUCUCCAACGAGUCUAUCAUCGUCGACCGCAGCAAUACAAGUGCCGCCGCGCGAACUACCAAUGGAAUCAGCAGCGACAGUGAGGCGGGCCGUCUGCGGCUCUUCGAUAUUCUACAAGAUGGGAAACAUAGAAUAGAAACAUUGGAGCUUACCAUCGUAGUGGAUAAUGGAGUGCUUGAAAUAUAUGCCAACGGAAGGUUUGCACUCAGUACUUGGACCCGUUCUUGGUAUGCCAACUCGACUGAUAUUCACUUCUUCCAUAAUGGCGAGGGUGAAGUUACAUUCGAAAAUGUGACGGUCGUUGAAGGAUUGUAUGACGCUUGGCCAAAGAGGAAUUAA